AUGAAUAAGUGUGAGAAAUGUGGUAAAAAUAUUACAAAACGAAAUCCGGGUCUGGAAUGUGCAAAAUGUGAAAAAAUAGUGCAUGGUAAUACCGUCUGCUCCGGCCUAACGAACAAGCAACUUGCCGCCGUCCGUGCGGCUGACAAUCUGGAAUGGACGUGUACUGAAUGCCAUAACACAUCGAUAAGACGCAGCUCCUUUAUUAUUCCGGAAGAGGACGAUGAGGAGGCAUCACCUUCACAUCGCCAUCGCAUCGACGGAUCCCAGGACGUAUGUAUCAAUGUGAAGCAGCUUCUGAACGAUAUGUCGAAAGAAAUGGAAAAGGCAAUCCAGAAAGAGAUGAAAGAAUGCAUGCGCAGCUUGCAAUAUCAUAGUGAGAAAAUGGACGAGAUGAUUGAAAGUAUGGAGUUUUGUAAGCAGUCGAUUCAAGACCUCAAGCGAAAAAACUGCGAAUUAACGAAUAAAAAUACAAAUCUUGAAACUAGGGUUAUAGCAUUAGAACAGCGUCUUCAAGAAACCGAACAACAAAAACUAGGUGACCAAAUUGAAAUUCUGAACCUACAUGACUGUGAAGAAAAAGACACAAAAGGGGUUGUAGAUAGCAUUGCAAAAAAACUUUGUUUACCGUACGAAGAUAUCAUUAAUGUUAACUUCAAGCUCCCUCGGGCACGUAAGGACCGUGGAAAGAUGCCUGGAUCAAUACUACUUAAAAUGAAAAGCGAAAAUAUACAGCAAAAAUGGAUUGCCACAUCAAAAACAAUCAAGGUUACCGUGAAAGAUAUUAUCUCGAACGCGAACGAAAAAUCUGCUCAAGAAACGGUGUUCUUACGUGAAGCGCUGACGCCUUACAACAAAAACCUACUGUGGAACGCUAAAAAUCAAUUGAAAGACACAUACAAAUUCAUAUGGUUUGCAAUAUUGGCCAUUUGUAUCCUGGAAGUGUCACCCCAAGAGACUGCAACACCAGCUAGCUUCCUGGAGCCCAGGAACUUUAACUACCACCCCUACGAACUGCGCCAGUAUUUGGAAGAGAGUAAACCCACCAAACAAGGCCCAGUACUAUUUCCAAACGACGGCCCGCCAGCACCAAGAACCCCCUUGAUCGUAACAACACGCCCCCUGCUAGAAGCCAUUGCAAACAGCGACUUGAACCCAAACCCACGCAACAGUUCCACCACCCAAAACACACCAUCCCAAAACAUCCCUCUGAACCCUGCUUACCCCUUACCAAGUCCAGAUGUUACUGUAUCUCCUGAUCUUUUGGCUGACAUAUCCCCAAUAUCCAAUAAUGCACUUUUUGACAACAAUGGUGGAAAUGCCAUCAACAAUGUACCAGAAGCGUCUUCAUACACUCAAGUGCCGUACGCAGCAAUGCUGUUGAAAGCAAGACUGGGAGGAUAUUCACAGCAGAAUAGAUUCAACGAUUACGAGGAGCAGACAGUUUUGCCGCCGAUAUACAGAGCUCUAUCGGACCAUGCAAGACAAAAUGUGUUGAAACAGAGAGAACAGAAGCAAUAUAACUAUCAGCGACACAACGCUGGCCACGAUAAUCAAUAUGGCGGUAGUGGAGCGACGGGAGAUAAUGGGGAUUACGAUCAGGAUCCAAAUUACGCUUUCUCUUAUAGAGUUAACGAUCACAAGACAGGUGAUGACUUCUCUCAUAAGCAGCAGAGCGUCAGCGGCGGUACCAACGGAGAGUACAGAGUUCGACUCCCGGACGGCAGAACACAGAUCGUUUCCUACACGGCUGACGAAACUGGUUACAAAGCUGAUGUCAGAUAUGAUGACGAAAACAACGCUAAAAUAAAAAAUACUAACACUGAUAAUGAUUAUAAUAACAUGAGACAAAACGACGAUAAUAUAAGAACAAACUACUUUAAUCAGAACAAUAAUAAGUUAAUAACACUUAAUAAUAACAAUAACGGAUUCGUGAAUAUUAGAAAUAAUGAUUACAAUAACAUAAGACAAUACGAAAAUCAGAAUAUUGCAAAUUAUUUCACCCCACAAAAUUACAAUAUUAGAGACUACGAAGAUAGAAUUACUUACAACCCACAAAAUUAUAACAUAAGAGAAGAAGACAGAAUUAAUUACAAUACUUAUGUAAAUCAUGACAACACAAACCAAUAUGACACUACAAAUCAAAGAAACGAUUAUGUUAAUUACAAAGAUGUAACACCAAUCAAAGAAGAUCCAAAUCAAUAUAAUUCAAAAGAGUAUUACGACUAUUCAGAUUAUAAUCAAAAUUAUGAUCCUUAUGUCAGUAAAUUUGCUGUUUUUAAACCUAUUUCAACACCCAAUCCUAUAAUUACAACAGUUAGACCGACGUUUGCAUAUAAACCUGUGUACACUGUUGCUCCAACACAAGGUAUACAAUAUGCAGAUGGUGUGAUAUCAGCUACCAAUAACCCAGUAGUAAAAUAUGAAACGACAACAGAAAAUGUUGUUCUCAUCGGUGGUAAGAAGGUUUAUACAAACGUAAAUCAAGUUUUACCAACAAAAUCAACUUCAACUGUUAAGAAUGUUGUAUCAGUAACUCCUGCUUCGUAUUUAGCUUCCACUAUUGCAAGCUUAAGAGAUAGAAUCACAUCGACACCUAGACCAAUUAUUCUUGGUAACCUAAUUAACAGAAUCAAUAAAUAUUUAACUUACAAAUGAUUGUUUAAGUAACUCAUGAUUGUAAAGUAAAUAUAGCCAGUUAAAUGUACAAAUGUAAUUAAAUAGGUAUACCGUUUUAUCUGUUUAUGUAAUAAAACAUUGGAA